UUAAGGAUUGUGCCGUUUGAAGCAGUAGCACUCAGUUUGGAGUGUGGGGAAGCAGUAGCACUCAGUUUGUAGUGUGGGGAAGCAGUAGCACUCAAUUUGGAGUGUUGGGAAGCAGUAGCACUCAGGGGAAGCAGUAGCACUCAGUUUGGAGUGUGGGGAAGCAGUAGCACUCAGUUUGGAGUGUGGGGAAGCAGUAGCACUCAGUUUGGAGUGUUGGGAAGCAGUAGCACUCAGGGGAAGCAGUAGCACUCAGUCAGAAACCCUAAAAUCUCUGACGGAUCCAAAACGCACUGCAAGAGAUCCGAAGCAGUAGCACUCUGCUUGAAUCUGGCUCCAAUGGAGGUUGAUAAGGUGCAAAAGGGUGAUGAUACAAGGAAUAAUCACACAAAACCAGUGAGAAGAAAAGCUCUGGCAUGUAGGAUAAAGUUUCCAAGCACUAGAGUAAAGAGACAAAAGCAUAAAGAAGUGGAACAAGAUAGGGAAGAAGAGGAGGAUGAAGAAAAUGAGGAAGCUGAGGAUGAAAAAGACAAAGAAGAACAAGAAGGGGUAGAACCGGAUAAUGAAGAAGAGGAGGAAGAAGAAAAGAAUGAUGGAGCAAGGAACAGUGGCAAAGACCAGAAACAAUCAUAUUGCCAAUACAGGUGCAAUAUGAUUGCCUUCCAUGAUGUGCUUCAUAAAGUGUAUGAGCAGCUCAAUCGUGAAGAAAAGAUGAGAUUGAAAGCUGAGUUGAAGAAGACGCCAUUUUGGAACUUGAUUGAAGCUUAUGACAAGGGAUUGAUGACUAAGAACACAACUGCAAAAUCAGAUCGAGAGAUGCAUAGGUUAGUGCAAUGCUACAAGCCGGCUUUGAAGAAAUUUAAGUUUGGAAACAAGUUGGCAGAAAUAAGUGUAUCGGAUGUGCACUACAUUUUGGGUUUGCCAAACCAAAAAUCAGCUCUCACGGUGCCAAACCCAAUAGAUGAUCCUAAGAAGCCGACUGAUCAUCCUCUUGUUCAAAGGUUCUUUGCAAAUGACCGAAGGAUAAAAAAAGCAAGAAUCAUGAGCUGUAUUGAUGAGCAGUUAAGGGAAAAAGCUCCUGGGUGGAUAGAGAACAUGACAAAGUUGCUGCUACUGCAUCUGUUCAUCACACUACUGUUUGCAAGCUCGGGGUCUACCUUAGGAUGGAGCUUUGUGAAAUGCAUCACUGAUAUUGAGACAAUGAGGAGAUAUAACUGGGCAAGAGCUGUUAGAGACUAUUUGUUAUUGUGUUUGCAAGCUGCCACAACGGGAAAAGCAAGGCAAAUCAGUGGGUGUGUAGCAUUAAUCCCGUAUUGGAUAUGCGAGAGGAGUACUAUGCUUGUUGAAAUUAAAGGCAGAGAAGCAAUGACUCCAGGGUGCGUCAAGUGGAGUCUCCCUCAAUUCACAAAAGAAUUGCAGAAAAUGCAAGUUGAUGACAUAGAGAUUGAUAAUGCAGUUGCCGACAACAAUAGAAGCAAACAUGGCAAGGAAAACAGUGACGAUGACUUUGAGAACCCUCCAUCAAAGCAUGCUGCUACUGCACAGGCAAAGGGGCAGAAAAGACAAAGAGAAGAAAAGAAGGCCACAGUAGCUGCCAAAAAACCAGCCAAAAAGCGGGUGGCCGAAAAGAGAGCAAAAAGUAAAGAAAAUAAGAUCUCGAAUGAGGGUGCUACUGCACCAGCUGAAAAGGAAAAACGUAGAAAUGAAGAAGAGACAGCUGAUAAUGAAUCAGAAGGUUUCGAAGAUGAACAUGAAGACACGACAUUAAGAGAUUGGGUGGAUAUGAACAGCAUGAAUUUUGCGAAAAAGAUUGACGAGAAUAAAGGAGAGGAAGGAAUGCAAACAAAAACCACAAGUGGAGUAAAUGUCAAUGACAUGGAUUUGGGUGCAACUGAGGAAGAAGAGGAUGCUGCGGAUGGUAUUAGAGAUGACUUUAGCUUUGACACUGGAUUUGGGGGGCAGGAAAAUGAAACAAACUUUGUCGAUCAGGAUCGGGAUGGAACUGAAGGAGCAGAACCAGAUCAAAUGCAAAGGAAUGAAAAAGCUGCUACUGAGGUCGAUCAUGAUCGGCAUGGAACUGACGGAGGAGAACCAGAUCAAAUGGAAAGGAAUGAAAAAGCUGCUACUGAGGUCGAUCAGGAUCGGGAUGGAACUGAAGGAGGAGAACCAGAUCGAAUGGAAAGGAAUGAAAGAGCUGCCACUGAGGCUGAUGAUGUUGAAAGGAAUAGAAAAGCUGCUACUGAGGCUGAUGAUGUUGAAAGGAACAGAAAAGCUGCUACUGAGGCCGAUGCAAAUUUUAUGGAUCAAACCCUGAAAAGUAUUAUAGAAGAGAUUGUGAAUGAAGCUGCAAGGAAAGAAAAAGCUGCUACUGAGGCCAAUGAAGCUGCAAGGAAAGAAAAAGCUGCUACUGAGGCUGGUGCAAAUAUUGCUGAUCAAAUCUUGCACAACAUUGUAGAAGAGAUUGUGAAUGAAGAGUACAAGAGCAGGAAUGAUCCAGUUUGGUUCGAUGAAUGGGAAGCCUUGUUGCAAAGUGAGUACGAUGAAUUUGGCUAUCCAAGCACUGAUGAAGAGCAGAUCAAUACAGUGGAGCAUUGGCAAGAUGUAGCAAUGCUGAAACAAGAUAUGGCGGGAAGUGCUAUCGAGAGCUGCAAAAGGAAGCAAGCUUAUAUAGAGAGAUUGUGGGAUGAAAAAGAAGAAGUGUCAAAAAAAUACAAAAAGUUGAAGACAAAGUUGAAGAAGAAGCAAGAAGAGCUUAGAAAAUGGAGAAACAAAUGCAAACAACUAAUGAUGAUAGUGCAAAGGGUAGAAAAAGAUGAAGAGGCCAAUGAAGAUGUUGCUGCUACUGCUGCUCCUGCUGCUCCUCCUGCUGCUGCUGCUCCUGCUGCUGUUCCCGCUCAUGCUACUGCUCCUGCUACUGUUCCUUCUCAUUCUACUGCUCCUGCUGCUGUUCCUGCUCAUGCUACUGCUCCAUCAAAUGAACCAAGGACACGAUCAGCGAUAAAGAGAAUCAAAGAAAGAACCGAUCGGAAAGAGAAGCAACUAGAAGGUUUUGAGGUGCAGAAACCAUCGAAGAAACAGAGGAAGAAGAGCAAUUAAAGGACUUAACAAACAUAUUAGUAGUCUAUUUUGGUGCACCAAUCGUAUGGGAUUCGGUGUUAAGUCAGUCAUCCAAAUUAGUAUAUAUUUUCAUGUGCAGAAGAUAGGGAUAUGUUUGUAGAUUUGCUAUUGCCUAUCAUUUUUUGAUCUUUCAACAAGUAGGAUGGGAAGGGGAUCAAACCUU